AUGGAAGGAAGUUCGUACAAUUUAGACAACGAUCAAGCUGUUCAGUUAUUCGAAAAUGGAGGCAUCGUUCUAUUGCUAGAUGUACCAACAAACACUGAGAUCGGUUUGGAUUACAACAGUUGGCAGACUGGGGAAAUGUUCAAAGGGAUCAAAAUGAUUCCUCCUGGCUUCCACUUUAUUUACUAUAGGCAUGUUUAUGGAAAGAUUUCACCAAGAACAAGCAUCAUGCACUUUUUUAAUGAAUCAGAAGUUCUCAUAAAAAAAUGGGACGCUGGUUUAGAAGACUUUGUUGAUGAGAACGACUCAGAAACAAUAGAAAGAUACAAAUGUAACAGAAGGGAAUUGGAUAAAUAUCUUGGUGCAUAUCCCUAUGACAACCACAGGAAAUGGGUUUCGUUGACUAACUUUGUAUCUAAAGAUGUCCUUGAUCGAAUAAACCCAGAAUCAGACAGGGUGUCAUCUGUGGCACAGUUUCAAUCCCUCUCGAGCACCACUGAAUCUAGGAAAAAUGCCAAAGACAUGAGUCAUGGUAAAAAAAUAACAAAGGGUUUUGAAAAAGAAGAUUUUAUGAACUCCAAAUUGCCUCAGAUGAAUGUUAUUCCAGGCACCGAAUUAAAGUUCUCAAACAUUCCAAAAAUUAAUCAUGUUGGUUCUCCAUCUGAAAUCACAAAAUACAACAUGGACCAAAGUCACAAAAUCAAAUAUCUUUUAAAAUAUACAUCAAGUGCUGAAAGUUUACUUGGAGAACUGCAGAUUUGUUUCGUUUGCUUUCUUAUGGGACAGGCAUAUGAAGCGUUUGAACAGUGGAAAAAAUUAGUCGGCGUACUUUGUCAAUGUGUUGAUGCCAUCACGGAGUACCCUGAUUUAUAUUUUAAAUUCAUCAAUGUUUUGCACUACCAUAUAAAAGAAAUACCCGAAGAUUUUUUUGUAGAUAUUAUUUCUAAAGAUAAUUUUUUAAGUAAAACUUUGAGUGAGUUUUUUGAAAAUUUGGAGGUUAGUGAUUGCCCUGAUCAUCUGAAACAAAAAGGACUAAGAUUCAAAAACAAUUUGCAAAAACGAUUCAAUUUAAGUUUUGAUUGUGAACUCGGAGAAUUUGCACCAGUUGUUGUUGAAUAA